GAGGAUAAACCGAGCAUGGAGGUCAGGUACAGCCAAGAGACGGAAGGAAUGGUGCGGAAGAAUGGACUUACGGACAGCAAAAACGCAAGGGACUCACAGGACACUUUGUCCAAAAGCUUCGUCAAGGAGCAACACGGCGCUUUUUCCUCCACGGGAACUCUGGACAACUGUGAGAAGAACAGAUGCAGCGCCGCCGACCCGGAUUAUUGUCGGAGAAUACUUGUGCGAGAUGCCAAAGGCUCCAUCAGAGAGAUUAUCCUACCAAAGGGUUUGGACUUGGACCGUCCCAAGAGGACGCGCACCUCCUUCACUGCCGAGCAGCUCUACCGGCUGGAGAUGGAGUUCCAGAGGUGUCAGUACGUGGUGGGAAGAGAACGAACAGAAUUAGCUCGCCAGCUUAACCUGUCGGAAACUCAGGUAAAGGUGUGGUUCCAGAAUCGUCGCACCAAGCAGAAGAAGGAUCAAGGGAAAGACUCGGAGCUCCGCUCUGUGGUUUCAGAGACGGCAGCAACCUGCAGCGUCCUCAGACUGCUGGAACAGGGUCGGCUGCUCACACCCUCAGGCCUGCCGAGCAUGCUUCCACACUGUGGUAACGGCACUCUGGGCACGGCCCUUCCCCCGACCUCCCUUAGCUUGGGCGGAAAUAGUGGUGGCGGCGGGAGUAGCAGUGGCCCUGCCGGGAGCAGUCCUCCUUUACCCUCAGCCACAAGCUCAGGGACGAUGCCGGGUCUGCAGAGCUCGGCGGCAGCUCAUGGCCUCUUUAGCUUCCCCAUGCCGUCCUUACUCAGCGGUGUUGCCAACCGCAUUUCCUCUAAUCCGCUCUCCAUGGCCAGUUCACUAGCUGGCAAUCUGCAGGAACUGUCUGCACGCUACCUGAGUUCUUCUGCUUUCGAGCCUUACUCGCGGACCAACGCCAAAGAAGCCAUGGACAAGAAGAAUGUGGAAUGAGGCUUUGUGCUCAUGUGGAACUCUGCGUGUUUCCUCUGGGAAUGUUUGAUGGUCCACUUCAUCUGUCUUUGUAUUGGCCAGUGUCUCGUCUGUGUUUCUGUCAGCUGCAAAGAAGACCACACAACCUUCGGAACUAAAAUGUUCACUUUCUAACCCAUAAGAAGCCUCAACUGCUGUCUCACCUCAAGUGAUGGACAUAUACCUGUCUUUUAAAUUCUACAACUCAACGUUCAUUUUAUUCAUCACCAUUCUCAAAUCAAACCAAUUUUCUAAACAUGUCAUUUGGCAAUAGACUAGAGUGCUUUCAACAAUGUCUUGAUAUCUUUUCCCCCCCAAAUUGUUUGAUUCCACGGGAAGUGUUGGUCACUGAUGGGCUGCUUUACCACCAGACUUGUUAACGACAUGUUGCACCUCAAGAACAACCUAAUUGUGACCACAGAAAUAUAAAUUAUUACUUCAGGGUACAAUUUUAAAUGGUUCUGUGACCCAGCUCGUACUUUAAAAAAAAUUGUGUUGCGAAACAGCGCUGUCCAUUAAAAUGAAUUACAAAUCAUUUUAAUUUGUGCUUGCCCCUCAAAACAUCUACAUUUUAACAUGUACCAUGCUUUAAAAAAAUAAAUACACAUUUUUAGAUAAGAAAUAUUGUAUACAAAAAUAAUAGAAUAGAAUGGAGUACAGACAAGUACAGUAGUUGUAUGAAGUAAUUAAUAAUAUUGUACAGCACCUUGGAGAGUGGACUUCUAAGGUAUUUCCUUCCAGCUGCUUCUCCGUCAAACACACCAUCAGCAGCUCAUCCAUAUUUUCAUGGAUACAUUUUUCCACCGGAUACUAUUUUAACAUUCUUGGUUGGUGCUAUCGAGUCAUUCUGCUUCAGUAUAGUGCAGGCUCGCAGUAAUACGCUCCAACUGUUUCACCAAGUUAGCGAGCUAGCUACACGCUCUGUCAUGUUUUUGUUGAUUUCUUUCUUUAAUUCAUUGAAUAUCAAACACUUCUUCUCCUCAGUAAUGCCCUUCACACUCACUUUCUUCCUUCCAUGGUUGGAAAAACAAAAUUGAAAUCUUAAAGUUUAAAUAAGCUAAUGCUAGCAAGUAAGACCAGAUGUUUUGAUGGAAUCUUAUGAGAUUCACUGUGAAAUUCGCAACGCCAACUAGUGGUGGGGACUCUCGUAUUUUAACUCGCAACCCAAAUUUUUGCUCACAGCAUAACAAUUAGCUGAGGAACACAUUGUAACCCAAAAAAGGUAUAAAAUGAGACAGUCGCAUCCCGAUGUACACUGUACUAAUGAAAAGCGCCUGCUUAAAGGGGCUGUUUGCAACACACAGUAUAUCCCACCCUUUCACAGCUUCUCGUACUUAAUGACGUAAUUACAUACAUACUGUAUGUAACACAUGCACGCGCAUGAGCUUUAGGUGUUGAUAGUUAAUAAUAGCAGUUUGGAUAGCGAGCGUUAGUUGUCAUUAACUUUUUAUUUUUAUUAUAUUAUUUCCUAUCCUAACAACAACAUGACUGCAAAUUGUUUGUCGCUUCUCUUGGACUGCUUUUAUAUGUGUGCACGUGCUCACUGCGCGUGCUCACUGCGCGUGCUCACUGCGCGUUCGUGUUGUCGAGACCGGGUGAGUAACAGCCGUAAACACCAGUCAUUUUAAUCAGGCUGGUAAUUUUUAUAAUUACAUAAAGGUCCUGAGUUCAAUCCCAGGCUCGGGAUCUUUCUGUGCGGCGUUUGCAUGUUCUCCUCGUGACUGCGUGGGUUCCCUCCGGGUACUCCGGCUUCCUCCCACCCCAAAAACACGCACCUGGGGUUGUCUGUCUAUCUGUGUUGGCCCUGUGAUGAGGUGGUGACUUGUCCAGGGUGCCUACCGCCCGAAUGCAGCUGAGAUAGGCUCCAGCGACCCCCCGCGACCCUGAAAGGGACAAGCGGUAGAAAAUGGUUGGAUGGAUGGGAUUAAAAAAUAGCUUUUGGAAUUGAUCUCCCUUACCAGACGGAUGGCCAUUUUGGGUGAUAGCACUCCACAAAACUGUAUGGAACACAUUUGAACAUCUUUAAAGUGUUGUGGUUUCUUAUGGGUUCAUGAUUUUUAAGGUUUUCAUUAUGAUCUUUAUAUAAAAAAAAAAGGAGCUACAAAAAGCAGCUCACAGUGUGAAAAGAAGUCGAGAAGUAGGCAUGUGUGCAAUUAUUAAAUGAUGUUGAGAGGUAAGCUGAGUACAUGACAAAGUUACCUGUUCACAGUUGUUUGUACUUUCACUUGAAAGACACUUAAACAAAAUUCUACAACGAAGCAGAAAUUUCAUUCAUCGUAAUAAUAAUAAUAAUAUUAAUAAUUAUAAUAAUAAGUCUUUGUCCUCUCAGUAGUUUGUUUCAACACGUCAUUGUAGUUAACCUUACUUUUGAUCAUUCUUCUAAUUUGUGACUUCAUUGUGAGUUUUGCUGUGUUGUCUUGAAGAAAAAAAGCUUUGAUUAUGUGUUAUGUGCUGCUUGAACUUUGACCUCCGACUUUAAUGUACUGUACAAGAAGUACCGGAUUUCAACUGUUAUUCUAUUGUAAAUUAUUCAUUUUAAUAUUGAUGACAUAACCGAUGUCUUGGGAAAACGAAGAAUGUGCUGAUGGAUUGAGGGAUCAAUCAAAAGCUUUUUAGUGCUGAAUUGUGUGCUUUGUAACAUG